AUGAUCGACUUUGUAGUUGUAUCAUCGGAUUUGCGGCCGCAUGUUCUGGACACUCGGGUGAAGAGAGGGGCGGAGCUGUCAACUGAUCACCACCUGGUGGUGAGUAGGCUCCGAUGGUGGGGGAAGAUGCCAGUCCGUCCUGGCAGACCCAAACGUAUCGUGAGGGUUUGUUGGGAGCGUCUGCCGGAAUCCCCUGUCAGAAGGAGUUUCAACUCCCACCUCCGACAGAGCUUUUCCCAUGUUCUGGGGGAGGCGGGGGACAUUGAGCCCGAGUGGACCAUGUUCCGCGCCUCUAUUGUUGAGGCGGCCAAUCUGAGUUGUGGCCGUAAGGUGGUUGGUGCCUGUCGUGGCGGCAAUCCCCGUACUCGCUGGUGGACACCAGCAGUAAGGGAUGCCGUCAAGCUGAAGAAGGAGUCCUAUCGAGCCUUUAUGGCCUGUGGGUCCCCAGAGGCAGCUGACGGGUAUCGACUGGCCAAGCGGAACGCAGCUUCGGUGGUCGCAGAGGCAAAAACCCGAGCGUGGGAAGAGUUCGGUGAGGCCAUGGAAGCCGACUUCCGGACGGCUUCGAGGAAAUUCUGGUCCACCAUCCGACGUCUCAGGAGGGGGAAGCAGUGCACCACUAACACUGUGUCCAGUGGUGAUGGGGCGCUGCUGACUUCGACUCGGGACGUUGUGAACCGGAGUACUUCGAAGACCUCCUCAACUCCACCAACACGCCUUCCUUCCAGGAAGCAGAGCCUGGGGACUCUGAGGUGGGCUCUCCUAUCUCUGUGGUUGAAAUCACUGAUGUGGUUAACAAGCUCCUCAGUGGCAAGGCCCCAGGGAUGGAUGAGAUCCGCCCGGAGUUCCUCAAGGCUCUGGAUGUUGUGGGGCUGUCCUGGUUGACACGCCUCUGCAACAUCGCGUGGUCAACAGGGAGAGUGCCUCUGGGUUGGCAGACCGGGGUGGUAGUCCCUCUUUUUAAAAAGGGGGACCGGAGGGUGUGUUCCAAAUACAGAGGGAUCACACUCCUCAGCCUCCCUGGUAAGGUCUAUUCAGGGGUGCUGGAGAGGAGAGUCCGUCAGGAAGUCGAGCCUCAGAUUGAGGAGGAGCAGUUUUCGUCCCGGCCGUGGAACAGUGGGCCAGCUCUACACCCUUAGCAGGGUCCUAGAGGGUAAGUGGGAAUUCGCCCAACCACUCCACAUGUGUUUUGUGGACUUGGAGAAGGCGUUUGACCGUGUCCCUCGGGGAGUUCUGUGGGGGUGCUUCGUGGGUAUGGGGUACCGAACCCCCUAAUACGGGCUGUUCGGUCACUAUACCACCGAUGUCAGAGUUUGGUUCGCAUUGCCGGCAGUAAGUCGGAAUCGUUUCCAGUGGGGGUAGGACUCCGCCAAGGCUGCCCUUUGUCGCCGAUUCUGUUCAUAACUUUUAUGGACAAAAUUUCUAGGCGCAGCCGAAGCGUUGAGGGGGUCCGUUUUGGGGGCCUCAGUAUUGAGUCCCUACUUUUUACAGAUGAUGUGGUGCUGUUGGCUCCUUCAAACGGGGCUCUCCAACUCUCACUGGAGCGUUUCGCAGCCGAGUGUGAAGCGGUUGGGAUGAAAAUCAGCACCUCCAAAUCUGAAACCAUGGUCCUCAGUCGGAAAAGGGUGGAGUGCCCCCUCCGGGUCGGGGAGGAGAUCUUGCCCCAAGUGGAGGAGUUCAAGUAUCUUGGGGUCUUGUUCACGAGUGGGGGCAGGAGGGAGCGGGAGAUCGACAGGCGGAUCGGUGCAGCGUCUGCUGUGAUGCGGACGUUGUAUCGGUCUGUCGUGGUGAAGAAGGAGCUGAGCCAAAGGGCGAAGCUCUCAAUUUACCGGUCGAUCUACGUCCCAACCCUCACCUAUGGUCACGAGCUAUGGGUCGUGACCGAAAGAACGAGAUCCCGGAUACCAGCGGCCGAAAUGAGUUUUCUCCGCGGGGUGUCCGGGCUCUCCCUUAGAGAUAAGGUGAGAAGCUCGGUCAUCCGGGAGGGGCUCAGAGUCGAGCCGCUUCUCCUCCACAUCGAGAGGAGCCAGAUGAGAGGUGGCUUGGGCAUCUGAUUCGGAUGCCUCCUGAACGCCUCCCUGGUGAGGUGUUCCGGGCAUGUCCCACCGGGAGGAGACCCCGAGGAAGACCCAGGACACGCUGGAGAGACUAUGUCACCCAGCUGGCCUGGGAACGCCUCGGGAUCCCCCGGGGAGAGCUGGAAGAAGUAGCUAGGGAGAGGGAAGUCUGGGCUUCCCUGCUAAAGCUGUUGCCCCCGCGACCCGGCCCCGGAUAAGCGGUAGAAGAUGGAUGGAUGGAUGAAGUUAGAAUUCUGAGACAAAAGUGGGAAUCUUGCCAACCUUGGAUUUUUUACUUUAUUGGCCCUAAAUCUCUUCUGUACACUUGUUUGUCUGUUGACUGUUGAUUGCAAUGUAUUAUUUAUAUUUGUUCAUAUUUAUAUAUGUCCUUUGUAUUCAAUUUUCACUGCCCUUGUUUUUAGCUUUGUGCUUUUUAAUGCACCGGAUAUUUGCACUGUGGUUGAGGGGAAAUAAAUUUCAUCUAUGCUGGAUGUUGUAAAUAGAGCAUGUUUUACAAUAAAGCUGGCUUUUGACUUUGA